AAGAUGCUUCAGGGCCUAAAUGAGGGAUGGACUGAUUCACACUUGCUGUGAUCUCAGCCUGGACCAAAGCUACAGAAGGGUCCUCGUGGGUGGCUGAGGACUUUCACCAGGCGGGCCCCGGGAGGAGGAAGGGACCCCAGAGUCCCCAGGAGGGGAGGGCAGGCUUAGCAAAAAAAAAAAAAGAAAAAAAAAAUCCUACAAUCUUUACGUUUGUUCUGUCAAAUUUAAAAGAGACUUUAAAAACGUUCAUCUAAGUUUCCCUGGCUUCUCCCUGGGUACACACGUAUCCUUUUUACUUUCCCCAACUCAGUUCUGUGGGGCGUGGGAGGCGCUGCAAGAGAGUCUCGGUCCGCACUGGAGCCUCGGCGAGGGCCGCCCCCGUUCCCCACGCAGCUUUCCCUCGCGAGGUUUCGCACUUUCUAGCGCGGUUCCUUCCCCCAGCCCUCCCGGCUCCCGCGUGGGACGCAGAGAGAGGUUGGGCGCCGCGCUGGCCCGGGAGUGGCUUAUGCCUGACGCAGCCCGGCUGGCGGCCGUGGCACGCCCGCCCUGGCGUCAACUCCCGCGCCCCGGGUGAGGGUGGGUGGCCGCGCCUGGGUCCCGGACGCCGCGGGCGCUGAAGGCCUCUGGCGGGCGCGAGGCGGCGGCCACGGGCGUGCGGUCCUACGGGCUGCAGGGGGCGCUGUGCGCGUCCUCAAGCUCGGCCGCCGAGCGCAGCUCUUUUUUAAAGGGCCAGCGGGGCACGUGGCUCGGAACGCAGUUCGCGGCCGCCCGGCAGUAGCUCAGGUUAGGCGGGUCCCGCUACGCUUCCGCCGUCGCCGCCGCGCCGCCCCGGGCCCGACAGGCCGGGUCCAGGGACUGCAACCCAGCGAGGGACGGGGGCAGCCAUGGCCGAAGCGGCGCCUGCCCGGGCCCCAGAGACAGACAAGCACACAGAGGACCAGAGUCCUUCAACACCCUUUCCCCAGCCAGCUGCUGAGAACUCGUACCUCUACUCCACGGAAAUCACACUGUGGACGGUGGUGGCCGCCAUUCAGGCCUUGGAGAAGAAGGUGGAUUCCUGCCUGACCCGCUUGCUGACUCUGGAGGGGCGCACGGGGACAGCCGAGAAGAAGCUGGCCGACUGCGAGAAGACAGCUGUGGAGUUCGGGAACCAGCUGGAGGGCAAGUGGGCCGUGCUGGGGACCUUGCUGCAGGAGUAUGGGCUGCUGCAGAGGCGGCUGGAGAAUGUGGAGAACUUGCUGCGCAACAGGAACUUCUGGAUCUUGCGGCUGCCCCCGGGCAGCAAGGGGGAGGCCCCCAAGGUGCCCGUGACCUUCGAUGAUGUGGCCGUGUAUUUCUCUGAGCUGGAGUGGGGCAAGCUGGAGGACUGGCAGAAGGAGCUCUACAAGCACGUGAUGAGGGGCAACUACGAGACGCUGGUCUCCCUGGAUUAUGCCAUCUCCAAACCAGACAUCCUCACCCGGAUAGAGAGGGGAGAGGAGCCUUGUCUUGACCGGUGGGGCCAGGAGAAGGGGAAUGAAGUAGAGGUGGGGCGUCCAAGGAUGAUGGGCACAGGCCUCCCUCCAUAUCCAGAGCACCUCACCAGCCCACUCAGCCCUGCCCAGGAGAAGCUGAAAGAAGGGCAGGCCCCCAAGCAGCAGCAGGACUCAGAGGCGAGAGUGGCCCCAGUUGGGCCAGAAGCAGGUGGUGGUGUGGCCAUCAAGACUGAGGCACAGUCUGAAGACGAGAUGACGCCUGAGCGGCUCUUUCUGGGGGUGUCCCGAGGCCAGACCGAAUGUAGAAUCCCCCGAGGGCCCAGGAACAGGCCUGGGGGACCCAGCCGUCAUCAGGCCCAGGGCGUGCCCAGGGUGCGGGCAGGGGAGCCACGGCCACCGGGGGCCGGCGGGGAGACGCCCCGAGUCCUCUCCCGCCGGCGGCAGCGGGCAUUCCCCUGCCCCGACUGCGGGCAGAGCUUCCGCCUGAAGAUCAAUCUGACGAUUCAUCAGCGGACCCACGUGGAGGAGGGGCGGCAGGAGGCCCCCGGCCGCUCGCCCACCAGCUGCGGGGACAGCCAGGCCAUGCUGGAGCCGGGGGAGGUGGUGGUGCCCGGCCCUGUCAUCCACUGGCUCCCCGAGGAGCCUGAGGGUCGCCGCUCCGUGGCAGGGGGCCGUGCAUUGGUGGGGCGGCGGCCUGCAGCCAGCAAGAUGUACCACUGCAGUGAGUGCCUGCGCUUCUUCCAGCAGCGCAAGAGCCUGCUGCUGCACCAGCGCCUGCACACCGGGAACGGCCAGGGCUGGCCCGCCUGCCCCUACUGCGGCAAGGCCUUCCGCCGGCCCUCGGACCUCUUCCGGCACCAGCGCAUCCACACCGGUGAGCGGCCCUACCAGUGCCCCCAGUGUGGCCGGACCUUCAACCGGAACCACCACCUGGCUGUGCACAUGCAGACCCACGUCCGAGGCCAGGUGGGCCCACACUUGCCUGCCGCCCCUGCCCGCCACGGGAGCCUGCCCCUGCCCUGGCCCAGCCGGAAGGAGGAGGGCUGACCAGGCAGGAGCCCACAGAGGACCUCUGGCGCGGUCUCUCCCCUGUGCCUGACGCAGGUUCUUCCUCUUCCUGGGAUGGAGAGAGGUUUGUUGUUUUUACCCAUUCAAAUGGGAAGGUAGCCGCCCUUCUGGUGACAGUGUGUGUGACCGGGUGCUUUCUGUUUCCUGUUUGCACUCUUCGCUGCCUUUUCUGCAUUCCUGACUUGUAAAAGAUUCCUUAAGGCUUAAGGGAUGCCUUAUUUUUGAUAGGGCCUGUGGUAGGUACCACAGCCAAGAGGACCAGAGAUCAUGGCCCUUCCAGUAUGGGGGCGAUAGAGACAUCGGGGACCUGGGAUUUUUGUUUUGUGCAGAGAUCUCCUGCCUGCUGUCACCAUGAGAAACAGUGGAGUGGAUGGGUGGCCUGAAGAAAGGGCCCUGGAAAGUGUUCUACUUUGCUAUUUUGAAACUUUUUUUCCCUUGUUAUAGAGACUUUCAAGUGCUUUUGUAAAUGUGUGUAGUUGCUAAUGGAACUUUGCCUUUUGCAAAGUCGGAAAGAGCCGGCUUUUCCAUGUGGGGCUUGCAGAGCUGGAAGGGGAGCUACAUCCACCAGCCUGUGGGUCUUUUUUUUUUUUUUUUAAGAUGGAGUUUCACUCUUGUUGCCCAGGCUGGAAUGCAAUGAUACAAUCUCCGCUCACUGCAACCUCUGCCUCUCGGGUUCAAGUGAUUCUCCUGCCUCAGCCUCCUGAGUAGCUGGGAUUACAGGCGCGUGCCACCACUUCGGGCUAAUUUUUGUAUUUUUAGUAGAGACAGUGUUUCAUCAUGUUGUCCAGACUGGUCUCGAACUCCUGAUGUCAGGUGACCCGCACAGCUCGGCCUCCUGAAGUGCUGAGAUUACAGGCGUGAGCCACCACUCUUGGCCCAGCCUGUGGGUUUUGAUGGGGAUGUCUUGGCUGCUGUCUUGGAAGCACAGUGUCUCCCCAUGUGUGUGUUUCUUGGCCCAGAGUGACUCCCAGUAUUCCUAGUCCUUCCCCACGGGAUAGUCACAUCCAUUAUUUACUUUUGUUGUCAGCUGGGAGGGGAAACUGAAGCCUGGACACUUCUCCCCAAGGGCUCAGUGUUCAUGGGUGUGUAAGAUCCAUUGACUGGACCCCAGAAAGCACCCUGAGGGGCAGUGCAGAGAGAGCCCAGGAAGCCCCUCCACUAGAGGAGGCCCUUGGUCUAGCUGAGGGCCACUUCCACCCUGGGCCUCCAGGCCUGCUUUUCACAUUAAAGGCGGGGCAGUCUCCUCUCAAAGGAGUUCUCCUUUGAGCACUUUGGGCUCUGGGGCAGAAUUGGGCUAGGAGAUCUGGGUGAAUCCUUUAGUCCCAGCUAGUCUCAUGUUCCUCUUCUGUCAAAGGGGGUCACGGCCCUAGUGUGUCCUACCUCAGAGUUGUCAGGGUCAAAUUAACAGGCACUGGGACAAAUAUGAAGCCUAGCUUUGUGCUUCCUUUCAAAUUCAGGGCCUCCUUUCUACUCCAUUCCAGCCUUUUUUUCCUGUCAGAAUCCUUCAGGAAGGACCUUUAUCUUCUGGAGUGAGUGGCAAAUCCACUGGGUUCAGUGAAAGACUCGCCCACGGGGCUCUGUUCCCCAGUAGUCCUUUGUAUUUUGGUGAACAAAUUCUUACCAAAGCAUGAGAUUCGGACUGUAGAAGUUCAGGCAAUAAUAUGAGGCCUCAUGGGGCAGUCUGGAGGUCAGCUGGCUUCUGGUGUCUCUCAUCACACCACUGCGGGUUCUGCCUGUAGAGCAGCCUUGGUGUGGGUGACUCUGAAGCUGGAGUGAUGGGACCCCAGCUAUCCUUGUUUUUUACCGCCUUGUCUGGCACUGUGGCCACCCUUCAGGGCUGCUUCUGGGGGCCUUGGUCCCUGGAUGUGCCAUUUCCUUGCCCUUCUGACCCUCACACUUCUUCCAAAGUCUUGAGCAGAGUUGGGGGCCAAUGGUAGCAUUGCUAUCAUCUCUUGGAGGAGGGUGAGUAUACAAGUCAGUGACAGUUCAGCCAGGCUCCCUUGGGUUUGGGAAGAGGCACUGCCCUUCUGUGCUGUGGAUCCUGCUUGUCUGCUCUGGAGUCCCCCGACCCUUGCCAUGAGCUUCACAAACCAGAGAUGGGCUGUCAGCAAGAGCUCAGAUAGGAUGUGGUGCAAGUGCAGGUGCACGAGUUUGACCCUCAGCUGCAGGAGCUAGUUUCAGGUGUUCUGGGGAUACCUCAGGCUAAGAAUUUUGCCGACUUUCUGGGCUUGUUUGGCUAGUGCCAAAUGCCCCUGCUUAAAUAUCACAAGGUGCUGAUUCUCCUUUUUUCUUUUUUUCAUAGCAAUGUGCUCAAACUUUGAGCUAGGUCUUGUGAGUUUGCCUAGCACUCAGACGUGUUUAAGUAACGUUCUUUACAUUGAAACAAGUCAACCGAAGCUUUGUGGUGCAGGAGCUGAGGGUGUCCCAGACUCGGUGGGAGCCCUGGUUGGGCCCCAAACUCCCCCAGCGGGGUCCUCGGUUUCCUCAUUUGUGAAAUAAAUGGGUGGGCCAUGACGUUAAUAAGCCCAAGAGAACUGUGAAGGUGGUAGUCCCUUGCCCUAAUUGGUGCUCAAUAAACUUGGCAUAAA